AUGAAUCAUGGACUCAAAAACGUCGUCGAAAUUCUUUGGCGAGAUGUUGCGGAAUUCGAGAGAAAAGAGCUGCUCAAGAUGCGAGUCUACCGAAGUCUUCGACAGACCAGUUCGGCGCUUCUUUCCGUUACACUUGUCAGCAUUGUUUUAUGCCUUAUCGAUCUGGAGCUAUACUACACUUCUAGGGGCUAUCUUUCUUUGCUUUCUCGCCCGAUGCCGUGGGGAAUGAACUGUACUUACACUUGGGAUGCUGUCAAUGGGACUUAUACGGACUUUCAAGUUGGACAAAUAAAAGACGUGCUCCGACAUACAUCUACUGUCACGCGCUUUCUCAUUUCUUGCCUUACAAUUCUGACACUGAUCCUUGUCUGGUGGUACAGCGAGUUGGAGAGAAGACUGUUAGUUGUCAGGCAUCAUCUUUGCCGCGAGAUGAACCUUCUUUGCUCACCUUUGGCGGCUCAGUUUAUUCUUGAAGUUUCUCUCUGCGCGAUCCACAUUCCUCCCAUUCGAGGGAUUCCAGUGCCUCCCGAGUGGCAGCUCAUCAUUUUCGUGAGACUUUAUCAUACCAUCAAAUUCAUGCGAGAACACCAUCCCAUGAGAUACAACCGAAUGACGGAAAUCCUCAAAACUGUUGCGUCUAUCAAGCUGUCGUCAACGUUCCUCCUGAAGAGUUAUUUUAUGAAACGGCCGCUGACGAUGCUGAUUGGACUUUACUUCUUCAUCGUUUUCGGGACUGGAUAUGUCGUUUUUGCGCUGGAACGAAGAUACGGAACAUGCAUGCAAUAUCUCGAUGUUGUCUGGCUAAUGGCUGUCACGCUGACAAACCUGGGCUUUGGGGACUUUACGCCCUCGUUUGUUCUUUCUAGAAUCUUCGUCGCCUUCAGCAGUUUAUUUGGAAUCUUCCAAACCGCCUUGAUCGUUGGGGUCCUUUCAGAAGCACUCGUCAUUCCUCCCGAUGAGAAGCGAAUUUUAGCGUCGAUCGAGAAACAACGACUCUGGAAAAUUAGGAGAAACGCUGCUGCUUCGCUGAUUCAAGCAGCUUGGAAGCUCUACGCGAUGAAUAAGACCAACGAGCUGGAUAUUUAUGAUGAUGUUGGAAAAACAAGCCUUUUCAACUUUCGCCAAAGAUUGGGGAAAAAGUACAGGGAGAUCAAAGAAGCUCGUCAAUUGACGCUGCAAUAUGCUCAUGCAUUGUGGCAAUGGCGGCAGAUAAAAACGCACACGGACAAUGUCGAUCAAGCAAUCAACAAGGAGUUUAUGAUUGACGACACAGCCUUGGCGACGAAACAAAUCACAUCGAAGUUGGACAUGUUGGAGAAAAUUGUCAGCAAAAAGUCAAAAAGAAGAAAGAGGCAGCUUCAUUUGGAUGUUCAUCUUGACGAGGCAAAGAAGGAUGAUACAAGUUCCAUCGCGGCGGAUAAAAAAUUGACAAGUCAAAGAACAGUUUCAAGAUCUUCAUCCGUGCAAUCCAGAAAGCGGUGGCGAAAAGCAAAGAUGAUUUCGAAAAUCGCCCUUUUGACGAAAUCAAAAACUGGGGCCGCGGUAAAGAAGGCGUCGGAAAUCAGUUCAAAAGUGGGCAGUCGUCUUGUUUCGAACAUAACGUCGCGAAUGCCAUCACGACGAGGCAGCUUAGAAAAGAUAAAUGUUGAAGCGGAAAGCCAGUCCUCACCUGGCGCGCAGCCGUCUAGACAAGGAGGAGGGCUUACUUUAGCUGUGCCGGGGCAGGCGAGCAGCAAAAACCCGCCAGACACAUCCUCGACGCUCAACCGGAAAAGCAGUCUAUCUUCGAGAAGUCUGACAAACCGCCAAGAAGGGGAAGAAUAUAGAACUGGAAGCGUUCGAAUCAAAAUUCCACCUUCGUAUCGCCGAGAAAAGACCAGCUCCCUCGAUGCGGGCAAAAUUUGUAGCUUGAAUCCGCCAGCUGUCUUUGAGAAGACUUUAUCGGAUGCUUCACUAGAUUUGACGAAGAAGAGGCCGAUUUUUUCGAAGCCACAAAUUAAAAUUCCAGUUCAAGUGCCUGUUAUCGAGCAAAAGAUUUCUGAAGAAACGAGGGAGGAGUUUUCAAGUACUGAUAUUUCGCCAAUGCUUUCGCCAAACAAUCUUCCCGGCCAAAUCCGAGAGAACUCGACUUCCAAUGCCGAAAUAAUCAAUCUGAUGGCUUCGAUAAAACUCCAACAAAUUGAGCUUCAAAAGACUAUCAAAUCUCAAGAGUCAAAAAUCUCCAGCUCAAUUGAACAACUGACGCGUUUGCUGGAGAGCCAAAAAAAGCGAAAAAGACUGAAAAUUCGAACGAAUUUACUUUUAUUUAUUCAUUCAAUAAAGAAACACAAAAAACAAGCUCCAAGGCCGCGCAUUCAUCCAGUCAAAGAUCCGCUAAAGACAGCUCCGAUCUCAGAACACGCGCGAGAUUGUCGACUGAAAGAACAUGCGCGUCGUUCGAUGGCUAGUCGUUCUCGCCGCUCUGCCGUCCAGGAUCAUACAGAAUCAGAAUUAUUGCGUCAGCUCUAG